ACGGUCCAACUCUAGUGGAGAAGAAGAAGCUAGCAGGUGCCUGCUUCUUAUCUGUUGUGAGUGUCCUCUCGGAUGAAAUUACAGGAUGGCACAGUGGGGUGCCAUAUUCUCAAUAAUCGCCGCUCUUGGAGGAGCAGCGCUCUUGGCCUCCGUGCACAAGAUUGAUGAAGGACACACUGGAGUUUACUACAGGGGAGGGGCUCUCCUGACCACCACUAGCAGCCCUGGUUUCCAUCUUAUGCUUCCAUUUAUAACCACCUACAAGUCUGUUCAGACGACGCUGCAGACAGAUGAGGUAAAGAAUGUACCAUGCGGCACAAGUGGGGGGGUGAUGAUUUACUUUGACCGCAUAGAAGUGGUGAACUACCUCGUUCCAUCAGCAGUGUACGACAUAGUGAGGAACUUCACAGCAGACUACGACAAAGCUUUGAUAUUUAACAAGGUUCACCAUGAGCUCAACCAGUUCUGCAGUGUUCACUCAUUGCAGGAGGUCUACAUCGGCUUGUUUGACCAAAUCGACGAAAACCUGAAGUUGACACUACAGGAGGAUCUAACAAAUAUGGCACCUGGACUUAUCAUACAGGCAGUCCGUGUCACAAAACCAGUUAUCCCAGAGAGCAUUCGCAGGAACUACGAGCUUAUGGAGAGUGAGAAGACGAAGCUGCUGAUCUCUCAACAGACACAGAAGGUUGUGGAGAAGGAGGCAGAAACAGAAAGGAUCAAAGCUGUCAUCGAGGCUGAGAAAGUGGCACAAGUGGCAGAGAUCAAGUUUGGACAGAAAGUCAUGGAGAAGGAAACAGAGAAAAAGAUCUCUCAGAUUGAAGACUCAGCUUUCCUGGCCCGGCAGAGAGCCAAGGCAGAUGCAGAGUUCUAUACAUCACAGAAAGCUGCAGAGGCCAACAAGCUGAAGUUAACACCUGAGUACCUGCAGCUAAUGAAGUUCAAGGCCAUCGCAGCCAACAGCAAAAUCUACUUUGGGAACGACAUACCCCAGAUGUUUGUGGACUCUGGCUCUGCAGGGAGCUCUAUGAAAGCCUCUGCAGCCAUGGACAUUGUUGCUGAGCAGAUCCUGGACCUGGAUUAGCAAGGGGAGUAGUGGGACCCAAAGGACCACCCUAGGGGUGGAGGACUGUCUGCUGGAGGACAGGAGCCUGGCCCACAGGCUGGCUGGCAGCUUCUCCCUCUGACCCAGAGAAGCUCCACUGACCAGGGCCUGUAUUUCUCAAACAGUUCAGAAUCACAGCUAGAAAUCACAAUGAAAGUUUGAAAGUAGAGCCCUAUUCAGACGGGAUUAGUAUCACCAGGGGACCUCGUGAUUUAAAAAUGACCCUGCCACGUCUGUGGUUUUUGCGGCACAUUCUCAUGGGAUGUCUGUAUUUUACUGGAAUUUACUAACAUUAUUCCCGGGAAAUGUUACUCACAGUCAUAUGUAACUCCACUCUAUACAACACAUAAACACUACACAGCACUUCUAGCAGUGUCAUAAAGUCUUAACCUCCUUUUUACCCAUCUCAUCAUCUUCGAGAUUUUGCUUUCCUGAUGGAUAUGAGCUUGCUCUUUCUUUGAAUGGGUCCAUGCUAUGUAGCUAAGCCUCAUACACCCAAAAUGCUGUCAAAACUUUCAUUUCUAACUGCCAGUAUACCCUUUAUAAUUCUCAACCCAUGGGAAUAGAUAGGAAAAAGUUGCAAUGUAAAUAAAACUCCUUAUUACGACCCCAAAUACCAGAGACGCCGAUUCGCACAGGACUAAUAUCAUGGCCUCUGUAUUUGGGGAAAUAUGUAAAAGAUUCACAGGGAAUUAAAAUCACAGACAACUUCCACAUUUAUUAAAAAUUACCAGAGGUACCCAGGUAAUACUAGUCCUGUGCAAAUAAGGCUUAGGGUGUAAAAUUCUCCUACCUCAGAGCAGAGGACUGCUUGUAAUCUGUCCUGAUACAGAACAAGAUUGUCUAGACUCAGUAAAUUAGCUGGAAGAAAAACAAGAUAAAUGCUUUACUACUUUUGUGUUCAUACUAUUUGAAGGGAUGAUAUUUGGUCAGUGGCAGCGAAAUUAUUGGUAAUUCAUCUUAAUUAAAAGGACAGCUCAUCCUCAUAAUCAAAAAUAACAUAUUUUCCUCUUAUCUGUAGUGCUGUUUAUCCAUCUGAUUGUUUUGGUGUGAGCUGCCGAUUGUUGGAGAUAUCAGCUGUACAGAUGUCUGCCUUGUCUCCAAUAUAAUGAAACUAGAUGGCACUCGGCUUGUGGAGCUCAAAGUGCCAAAAAUACUUUUGAAAAACUCAACAGCAAUGUCUCUUUCCAGAAAUCGUGACCCGGUUGCUCAAGAUAAUCCACAGACCUUGUUGUGAGCAGUUUUAUGCAGGAACUAUUUUCUUUCUACCAAACUACACCUGCCAACAGUAUCACCGCGCAGAGGGAAGCGUGCAUCUACUGCUAGCUCAACUAGCACCACUCAGCUAGCUAACAUCACAGGCCUCUCAUCCAUGAGCUGAUGCGUGCUUCCUUCUGUGCAGUGAUUCGGUUGGGUGAACUGUUUCUUUGAGCUUUUCGGUGCGAUGAACUCAGUCCCAGUUGUUCUUGUUGCAUUACUUGGCCGUUGACUAAUCUCUGUCCCUCUGUUACUGUUGUUGCCCAUCGAUGCCUGUCAAACUUUUAGUUCUCACACGGCACAAAUUUAGCGUCGGCUAAUUAAGCUAAUGUUAGCUCUAUAAGUUGGUGAAAACACAAUCUCUUAAUGACUUUAUAAUGUUUCCAGCCCACUUAUUUUAAAAUAAAUAAAUGAAUGAUGGCUAUAUGUUGUGCUAAAAGUCUGAGGCAGAAAGUCAGCUUCCUUAACAAUUUAUGAUUCAUGUGAAAGACACCAAAGUAAAGCUAGUUGUGACCAGGCUUCUUUUUACUAUAACUUGUAACAUCACUGAGUAAUGUACUAAUGCAGGUUACUACUGCAGGUAAUAAGCUAGUUGGACAUGCUAACAAUUCCAGCUUCGUUAGCACAGAUAAAAACAAAGUUUAAUCCCUUCCUUGUGUUCUUGAUUUUGAAAAUGUGACACAAACAAAAAAGGCCGUUGUAUCCCAGGUUAAAAGUCAGUCAAAAGACCUUUUAAUCGAGUACCUGACAUGUUUUACAUUCCCAAACGUCCAAAGCAGGAAAGCUCUGCUAAAUCCCAGAGGACAUGGAAUGACUUGACAAGUUUAAGAGAGUUGUUAAAAUGUUGCUAUAUCUCUGCUGAAAAGAAGGACCAAAUUCGUGUGGCUCUGUGGAUGGAAGGCCGUGAUUUCUUUUUCUGAACUGCUCGAAAAAUACAGGCCCUGACCAGAUAUGUCACUGUAGAAAAAACACAGGGAUGAUGAAUGUACUGUCUGGUAGCUGCUGCCUGUCAGAUGUGAUAUCACCACUCCAAUUGUUUUAUGUUUUUGUAAAAGUUUCUUUCAAGCACAGGGGACCUGUUGAAUAUUAAUUGAAGUUGUGCGACUGUUUGAAGUCGCACCACAUUUUGCUGUAUAUGUAGCACUUUGUUUUUCUCACUGAAUAUUCAGUGGAGAAACUAUAUUGUUGCAACUGUUCAUUUUUUCGACUAUUAAUAUCUAUUUUGCUUUAGGUGUUUUGUUCAAACAUUGCUCAAUUUGAAAAGUUUAUGUUGCGUUAUGACAAGAAAAACAGCUUUUGUACUCCAGUUUUCAUACAUGUGACAUCAGCUUUUCUCAAAAGGUUAUUUUCAGCUAUUUUUGAUGAUUUAAUAUAACCAUUCCAUCUCAUGUGUGAGAAUUGUUUGUAGGAGUCAGUUUUACUGACUUUUUUUUUUAACAAACAUCUUGGUUUGAUAAGGACCAAAAAAAUUAAUUCUGUUUAAUGUAUGACUUCUGUGUUAGAUGACUAAAGAAAUUCUUUGUCUGAAUGUUGACAUAAUGUUGACUUUGUUCCCCAGGAUUGGGCAAUUUUUUGAGUGGGAUUGUUUCAACAGAGGAAUAUGUUGUUGCUCAGCAUAGAAUACGUGGGGAUGAGUUAAUAAUCAAAUGGUGACCACUUCAGAUUAAAAACUGAAUCAUGCAUCAUGAGGUCUGAGAAUUUGGCAGAAGGAGCAUGUUUAGGCAGUAAUUCCAGGAGCUUGACGUGAUUUUCUUUUGUAUUUUUGAACAGACAGAGCCACGGUGAGAAAAUAUUUCCGUCACCUGAAGCUACAUGACGUAUGUCCAAAAGUCAGUGUAACCUGACUCAACCUCCAUUUCUAAAUUCUUGUACAAUCUGAUUAUAUUGUGUGUGUUAUCAGCACCAAUCUGUUCUUGUUUUAAGUUGGUCCAUUUAGCCGUAAAAGUAACUUCCAGUUAAAUUCGAAUCCCUCUGAUUGAUGGAGACUUACAUUGACUUGAAAGGCGAAGGUUUUUUUUUUUUUUGGUUUUUUUUUUACUGAUUUCAGUUGUGAAUGUGCAAUCACGGUGUUGUCACCUGACAAUAAAGUACUGUGGCUUAUUCUUUGAGAAGUCA